AACUAAAAAGGAGUGACGUCACAGGUUUAUCUAUUUUGCAGAAGGGGGCAUACAUGUGUGUCAUCUGAAGGUCCAAACUCCAUAACUCCAAAACUUGAAAGCAUAUAUGUAUAUGCCCACAACAAUUUAUAAGCAUAUGCCGCAUAUUUUGGCAAAUCCUAAACCUUCUUAACCUAUUUAUGUCUCUGACUUGCUUUUGUUCCCACACCAUUCGUUGCAUUUCUGAUCGUAUCAGUUACAGGGUUUGGAGUUGUAGUGGGAGAAAGAUGAAUAGAGCUAAAUUGGGGACUAUGGUUAAUGGGAACAAUUGUUAUUCUUCUAAGGUUGUUGUUAAUGAUCCCAAGUUGCUUCACCAGAAAAAAGCGGCUAUUCGCCUCGCAGGUCCUUCGAAAUUUCAGGUUAUUGCAGAUUUUGAUAAUACACUUACAAAGUUUUGGGUUGAUGGAUGUCGAGGACAAUCCAGUCACGCGCUCCUACAACAGGAUAACCCUGAAUACAAUGCUAAGAGGGACGAGUUAUUUAACUAUUAUCAUCCUAUAGAAUAUGACCCGCAGAUUCCAAUUGAUGAAAAAACAAAGCUCAUGGUAGAAUGGUGGGGUAAGACCCAUGGUCUUCUUAUUGAAGGAGGUCUUACAUAUGAUGCAAUAAGAAACUCUGUAGCCAAUGCUGUGAUUGCUUUCAGAGAAGGUGUCGUUGAGCUUUUCGAGUUUUUAGAGGAGAGAGAUAUCCCGGUUCUUAUAUUUUCAGCAGGUCUAGCUGAUAUUAUUGAAGAGGUUCUUCGUCAGAAACUGCAUAGAACUUUCAAAAACGUCAAGAUUGUAUCAAACCGGAUGAAAUUUGACCAGAAUGGUAACCUAGUAUCUUUUACAGGGAAGUUGAUUCAUAGCUUAAAUAAGAAUGAGCAUGCUCUUGAUAUGGCUGCAUCUUUACAUGAUCAUUUGGGUGAAGUCGAUGAUCAAAUGAUGGAUAGCGCGUCUGUGAAAAAAAGAACAAAUGUUUUACUUCUUGGUGAUCACAUGGGAGACCUCCAUAUGUCUGAUGGUUUGAAUUAUGAAACUCGCAUUUCCGUUGGAUUUUUGAACCACAACAUUGAAAACUCUCUUGAUAGCUAUCGUAAAGGCUUUGACAUUGUGUAUCUUGAUGAUGCACCGAUGUCGGGGGUGGUCAAGUUAGUCUCAGAGCUAUUUUCUCCUGCGAGUGAUUAAACUUUUGGUUCACCUAAAUCAUGGUUUCAUUGUUUGCGCAUUUUCUUAAUUUCUGCAUCCAGUAUGCUAUUUUCUCCUGGUCCCCUGGUGAUUUGUCUUUAUGUUGACUGUAAACUAGUGCUGUUGAUAGUUUUUAUUAAACAUGAUGCUAGGGACCAUGGUUUCGCGCAUUGUAAAGUAACAGUUUAGUGGUUCCAUAAAAUGCGUUCGAAAAUUUCCUGUUUUUGUAUCUUUGAAUGUGUCGAUAAAGUUGGAACGUUUUUGUUUGGUUUCUUUUGUAUUUUUGAGUUGGAAUAUAUUAUACAAAGUUGUGUAUGUUUGGUUUGA